UCUCUCAUAGCCUGAUCAGCACUCCAGCUGAGAGAACAAGCUCGACCCACACAUACCGCGGGCAAUUUUAGACCAAUUAGCCGACGUUACAGUACUGUAUAUGGUUAAAUGUCAUAGUUGAGUUUAUCAAUGUAUCUACACUUGUUUUGUAAGUCCUUCAACAAUACUCCACUGAAUCCGUUACAUGGGUAGAAUUUAUCUGGAUAUAUUUAUAUCAGGAGGUGGAACAAGUUUUAAAAGUUUGCUGCUUCCUUAUUCGACAAGUUUUGCAUAAAUGGCGAGUGGAUCAAAGGGUAACUAUUGUCAAGAGAAACGUCGCAUAUUAUGUCGCCAACAGGAGCCCUUCCAAAAUGAAUACUUGCUGCGAAUAUCAAGUGUGAGCUGCUGAACUCAAAUGUAACGUCGUUCUACUAAGAUUCUUUUGCAGAUUCCAUGGGAGCAACACCCGAGUGUGAACAAGAUGAUCUUCGCCACUAUAGCGGACGGCCAGAUACAUGAUUCAGAAAUACUACGGCUAGAUGUCUGGGAUAAACUCGCCAUUCUAGCCGCCGUUGGACUCUUCUUUGUCUUCGUCAUACUGUGCAUGGUCUGUGUGUUGUCUCCGUUCUGCUUUCUAUACAGGAUAUGUCCCUUUCAGUACGACAGACAACCACAAGUAUCUCCCUACCCAAUGCCUGGUUACGGGGCAACCGAAUAUGACGUCACCAAGGAAAAGUCAGUGAAGGGGAAGAGACAGGGCCGUCUGGUAUCCAUCAAGGAGGACUACUCAUCGGAAUGGUCAGAUUCCAGCGGCCCUACAAUCAUCGAGCUGAAAAAGACGAGUCUCCGCGGUCCCCCGUCCUUCCCAGACGACUCGUCGUUUACAGAUGAGGCCCACGCCAUACUGAAGUCAGCAGAUAUAGAGUUCUCUCUAAAAUACAAUAAACUCGAAGGGAAACUGUCGUUGAAAAUUUUACAGAUUAAGAACUUAUCUUUGCAAGAUGUCAAUUCUGUAAUAUCCCCGUAUGUGCGGGCCAGGUUUUACAGAGCACCUAAACAACUGUUCAGUUUCGGCAAAGAAUAUGUGAUAAAUAACCUAGAUAAAGAGGUUCAAACUAAAAUGCAAAAGGCCAGUGAAAAUCCUGUUUUUAACGAGAGCUUCCAGCUGGAUGUGGACCAGAGAGAUUUGUCUCUGUAUACUCUGCGGCUACACCUCUGUGACUUCGACAGGUUCACCAGACACAUCCUCCUCGGAGAGGUUACCGUCAUCAUCCGGAAAUUAGAAUUACCAGACGCAACGGAAGUGACGUACACAGAGAAGAUGGAACAACCUGCAGAGGAGGACCUCGGAGAGAUAUGCCUUGGUAUGAACUACCUUCCUACAGCCGAAAAGUUGUACCUGACAGUGGUCCGCGUCCAUGGUCUCAAAGCUAUGAACAGAACAACCAACACAACAGAUGCCUAUGUGAAAGUUGUACUGAUGCAUGAAGGAAGACAACUGAAAAAAGUGAAAACUGUGAUAAAGAUAUCGGACUUAAACCCAGAUUUCGACGAAACAUUCGCAUUUGACGUACCAAGUCAGGAGCUAAACAACGUUUACUUUUGUGCCGCUGUGAUACAUGCAAAUAAAGAUCAGAGGCAACACAGACUCAUAGGCCGAAUGUAUUUGGGUCCGAGUUUCGGUACAGAUGCACAUUCGCACUGGGUUGAAAUGACACAGAAUCAACGGAAACAGGUCACGUGCUGGCACAAACUGCAUUGUUGAUGUCUCUAUAUACUAGACCUUCUUUUCCUGGAAAAAAAGUCACAAAGCCCUUAGACAAGAACAAAUCACCAUGGAAUAGAGCGUCAUCAAAUGAAGACAUAUCGACAGUAAUUUAUAAAUGAAGAACAAUGGAUUACCUUGCCUAUGAUAAAAUUAAUUUAUAUUUUCAAUACCUGGAAGCUGUCUUGUGCAGCAAGUGGACAUUUGUCGUAAAAAUCAGAUCUGCUGUCGUUUAAGUCAUACAAAACACAUCACACCAUCAAUGUAUAAUGGUCCGCUAUUUAUAACCGUGGUAACCUUAAGGAAAUUCGUUAACUCAAGGUUUUAAUCUGGAACAAAGUACUGAAGCGAAGAAAAUUAGUUCAAUCAAGAGUUCCCUAAAUUUCGAUAAUAAGCAAAAGGCCUCAAAGUAUAAUCAAUUCUGAUUAAGAGUCUUAUAGAUAUUGAGCUUGAUAACCUAAUCAAUUUUCUAUUCGACAUAAGGCCUGCUAGUCUUAACAAUUGUAAACCAGACAAUAGGCAUCAUAGUUUGAUCGUUUGCCAAAUAAACAAUAGGCUUGCUUGUCCUAUCAGUUGUCUUUUAGACAAUAGGAUUACUAUCUAACAACUAGUCUGAUCAAUUUACGAACUAUAAGGUUUCGAGUGUAUCUAUAACUUUGCUAAAAAAAUAAUUUAACGUAUUUAUAUAAACAGUCAUUUAAAAGUAAGCUCGUAGCCAAAUAUAUCUCGAAAAUAAGCCGUUUUUGAAAAACACACGUUCUUGAAAAUAUGCCUUUUGUUUCCAUGUAUGAACCACAUUCCGUUAUUUAUUCUUGAACCAUUUGAUUAAAAAAUGGUAAUUAAAAAACCUGUAAAGCAUAAAUUCCAUUCGAAAAAGAAAGAACUUGAAAAAAAACCAAUUGAUGAUCUACUAUAUAAAUGACUUCGAAAAUGAAACAACCCUAAAAAUAAGCCGGCUUCGAAAAUAAGCCUUUGAUUACUUACUGAAAACAAAAAUAAGUCGCGGCCUAUUAUUGUGAUUUUAAGAUAUAUGGUUACAACAUACAUAUUUUGAAAGUAAACAUACUUUUAAAUAUUGUUAUUUUAAACGGACAUGUACGUUUCUAUCAUAAAAGAAAUGUUAUUGACAUAACCUAAUGUAAUAUUUUAGAGUUAUUUAUUUGAAAUAUGUUUUGGUAAAGCAAUAUUUAUUUUGUGUAUAGUUUGCAUUAAAUAAGGACUGCUGUUUUACGGAUAGCAUAGCAAAUUUUAUUUAAUGGAUUUCCUGGAUCAUUUUAUUGGCAACCAUUGUACAGGAGGGAUGAAUUAUCUUUGUGUAGCAGUUCUAGUAUUGUUAGUAUUGAUUAGUUAAUAAUAAGGUGAAAUAAUCAUGUUUGAAUGAGAAUAUUACAAUAUUAGUUUUAAAAAUCAUAGCAUUAGCGGAUUAUCUAUUCAUGAGUACAUAUACAAUGUAUUGUAAUAUAGUAUUAUGUAUACAUAUAGCUUUAGCGGAUGUUUUUUACACAUACUCUUCUGUUAUGUUUAUUUAAAUGUAUAUAUACAGUAUACUUGUUACAUAAAGGAAAGAAGUUAAGUUUAAAUAUGAACAAAUUUUCGACAUUGUAAUUGUUACCUUUAAUUAAGACCGAGCAUUCCAGCACUUUACGAAUGUUCAGUUGAUAUAUAACAUUCAAGUUGAAUAAACUUGAUUGUUUUCUUUUUAGAUUUGCUGUUAUUGAGACUGAAAAGGGUUCUUCAUGAAAUUGUUGAAAACGAAACAAAGCUCGAGGGGUUCGGU